CGAUGAGGGGGAGACGAGACAUGUCGGAGGUCGACGGAAGAAAAUUGGCGAAAGCGAUUUCUUCUUCGACGGUGUCGGACUGCUUUCCCUCCUCAUCUCUGGAGGACCACAAACUGACGAGUGGGGGAUUUAGUAGGAACUUGUGAAUUUUUCUCCCUUUUAAAACAAAACUCUCUCCUUUUUCUUCAUAAGGUUUAAAACAAACCUCUCGCCUUUUUCUUCGGAAGAAAACAGGCGAGCGAGGAGAAACACUGCUGCGGCUUUAACGUCGUGGUCGUCUCUUCGUUCUUCUUUUCGUCUGUGCUCGCCUUCGUUUUCCCUCGUUCUUUGCUUCUCGCUUUUCGUCUCCUUGCUCCCUCAGUUCCUCUUGUUUCGCUGCUUCCUCCUUUCUGCUUCGCAUUUUAUCCUCGUUGCACCCCUUCGCCUCUCCUGGAGUGCAGCGGAAAGCUGUCUCUCUCUGUAAAGCCUUCAAUCCUCUUUGACAAAGUUUCGUUUUCUGCAGUUUCCUCGGCUUUGUACUCGCAGAAGUCUUUCUUUCGUCUCUUUUCUUGCUUGGCCUGCCUCGCCUGCUGUCUUGUGGAGAAAACGCAGUCGUCCUUCCACGAGGUCUUGCUCUCUUCUCCCCUCUGUGGUCUCCUUCGUUCUUCUUCUCUGCUGCGUCUUCUUCUUCUUCUCCUUUUCCUCUCCUCGUGUCUGUCUCUGUUCUCGGACUGACGGCAGAAGAACCUCGAAGAAAGGCGCGAGCGCUUUUCGCGCAAGUCUUCUGCAACUUGACGUUGAACAUUCACAGAGAUCCCCCGAAAGCAGGAUGCCGCCAGCCGUCGCGACGGCGCCUGACGAAGGCGCCUCGUCUCACCACGCAUCCUCCAGCGAGGCCGUUGCAGGUGGAGAGGCUUCGGUGUCUCUCGACGAAUUCAAUUUCGUCACAAAGGAGACAGACAUUGUCUACGAACAAGAGCUGCAGAGAGACCCUUUCCAGGUCAAAGUCUGGGUCGGAUACCUCAACUCAAAAAAAGAUGCGCCGCCCUAUACACGGUUUCUGUUGUACGAGCGCGCGCUGCGAGGACUGCCUGGGAGCUACAAACUGUGGUUCGCGUACUUGAAGGAGAGAGUCGCGUCCCUGUCGUCCCACGAUCCGCUUGAGGACUCGAGGCCUUUCGAGGAGGCGAACGUCGUCUUCGAACGCGCCCUCGUCCACCUCAGUCGGAUGCCGAAGAUCUGGAUGCUCUUCGUCGACUUCCUGAAGAGGCAGAAACUCCUCACGCGCACCCGACGCGCCUUCGACAGAGCUCUCCAAAGUCUGGCGGUCACUCAGCACGACCAAGUCUGGGACAGAUACAUCCAGUUCGUCAAGGAAGCGGGCGUUGUGGAGACGACGCUGCGCGUGUAUCGUCGCUGUCUAAUGUUGCUUCCGGAGAAAGUCGAAGACUUCAUCGCGUAUCUGCAGAGCCCCGAGGUGGGUCGCUACGACGACGCCGCGCGGCUCUUGGCUGAAGUCGUGAACGACGAGAGUUCGGAGACGCAGCGAACGAAGCAUGAACUGUGGCUGGAGCUCUGCGACCUCGUGUGCAAGCACCCGAGAGAGAUCAAGAGUCUCCGCGCGGAGGCAGUCCUGCGGUCAGGCAUCAGCCGCUUCUCAGACCAAGUGGGGAAACUUUGGUGCGCUCUCGCCUCCCAUUUCGUGCGUCUCGGCCAGCUGGAGAAGACUCGCGACGUCUUCGAGGAGGCCCUAUGCGGUGUGGGUACUCUCCACGACCUCGCCCUCGUCUACGACGCCUUUGUGCAGUUCGAAGAGUCGCUGCUGGCGGCGAAGAUGAAGGAGCUCGAGGACGAGGAGAACGCAGGCCCAGACUGCGCCGCCUCGGAAGACGCGGCAGACCGGCGAGAGAGGAAACGACGCAGAAAGGAGAAGAAGAAGCAGCAGAGCGAGGAGGUCGACUUCCUCAUGACGCGCCUCGAGUUCCUCACGGAACGAAGGCCUCUCCUCGUCUCCAGCUGCAAGCUCAGACAAAACCCCCACAACGUUCAUGAGUGGCUGGCCAGAGUCGACCUCUUCAAGGGAGAUACCGCAAAGGAAGUUGAGACCUUCAGCGAAGCGGUGGCGACGGUGGAUCCGCAGCAAGCGGUGGGGCGAGUCUCAGUGCUAUGGAUCGCGUUUGCGCGCUACUACGAAGACCGCGGGGACUUGCCGAACGCUCGGCUUAUAUUCGAGAAGGCGACGAAGGCGCGAGUCAGGACAGUGGACGAGCUCGCGAGCAUCUGGUGCGAGGCGGUUGAAAUGGAGCUGAGACGCGAGGAGUGGAAGCGAGCUCUCGAGUUGGUGCGGCGCGCCAUCAGUCGGCCCAGAGACGCCGACCCCGACAGCGCGCAGGCGAAGCUGUUUCGCAGCGUGAAGCUCUGGAGUUUGGCUGCGGAUGUGGAGGAAAUGACUGGCUCGCCGGAGACCGUUCGUCUCUGCUACAACAAGAUGUUUCAGCUGAAGGUCAUCACGCCGCAGCUGGUCAUCAACUACGCCCAUUUCCUCGAGGAACAUCGUUUCUUCGAGGAGUCUUUCAAGGUGUACGAGCGUGGGAUCGCGGCGUUCUGCUGGCCACACUUGAACGACUUGUGGCUGAUGUAUUUGACAAAGUUUGUGUCUCGGUACGGCAGCUCGAAGCUCGAGCGUGCUCGGGAGCUUUUCCAGCAAGCGACAGCGUCUGUCCCUGCGCAGCAUGCCAAACGUUUCUUUCUCCUCUACGCGAAGCUCGAGGAAGAAUUUGGGCUGGCCAAGCACGCGCUGACCAUCUACCAAGCCGCCACCAAGGCUGUUCCCCAGGAAGAGAAACUCGACAUGUACCUCAUCUACAUUGCGAGGACGACGGAGCUUCUGGGAGUUGCCAGGACGCGGCAAAUUUACGAAGAAGCGAUUGAGAAUUUGCCUGAAAAACAGGCUCGGGACAUGUGCUUGCGAUAUGCAGCCGUGGAGAAGGGCUUGGGAGAAGUCGACAGAUGCCGAGCGAUCUACGAACAUUGCUCUCAGAUGUGCGAUCCCAGCAGAGAUCCAGAAUUCUGGAAGGCGUGGAAAGACUUUGAGGUCUCGUACGGAAACGAAGAGACGUUCAAAGACAUGCUUCGCGUCAAGAGAAGCGUGCAGGCGCAGUACAGCCAAGUUCAUCAGAACGUCUCUGAGCUGGCAGAUACGGACGCGCCGGCUGCGGUGCUGAAUCCGCUCGCGGCGGCCGAGAAGGAGCUGAAGGAAGAAGAGGAAGCAAAGCGGAAGCUGGAAAUGAGGGAAAAGGCUCUCGAAGAGCAACUGUAUCUGAAGAAGAAGAAGGAACUCGACGACGCAGAAAUUGCACAGGCCGAAGAAGAGUUCAAGCGAGUUCAAGACAUGCGAGCGCGCGCUCGCAUGCUUGCAUCUCUUCCGCCGGACGCGCCUUUCUUCUUGGCUGUUUCUGGUUUCCAGGGGGUUCGUCCUGGCUACAUCUUCCACAGAGGAGCGCAAGGCCUGGGGUACUACCUGGAUGAGAGACAAGUUGGAAACGACUUCGUUUCGGCGCGGGAGAAAGCCUUCAUCACCGACGCUCGGCCGGGCGCGAGAAGCCGCGCAGAAGGGGGAGACAGGGAGCGACACGAAGAAGUAGACAUCGAUCUGGAGGGCGACGUUCCCGAUGAGGUGUUCGGCAAUCUCGCCGCUGAAGCAAAGGAAAUGCGCAGAAACAAAGAGUGAAAAAAGUGAACAGACGCACCCGAGAGGGGAGAGCAGAAAGCGGAAGAAGACCCGCUAGGUUUUCUUGGUGUGGUAGGGGGGGAAAGGAUAGGAGGCAGCAGUGGUGAGUCUGAAGGGAGCUCGGUUCUUCUCUGUUCAUGUCCCGUUACCAGCCUCUGUUUCUCCCCUUUCGCCUCCUUUUCCCCCGUGCACACACCUCGCGGACGAAACUCGGUAUCCGGAAAUCUACCAGUGUUCGUCUUAUGUUCUGUUGCUCGUAUGUGUUUGAAGACCGUUCGCGUUGGGAGGUGGGAACUAGGCAAUCUCUGAAGCUAGCAAACAGUCCUGCUCUGUUCGUUCAGCUAGAAGCAAUUCUGAAAGACGAGCAGACUGCUGUUCCGCGCCUGCCCCAAAAGCGGAGGACUCACCCAGUCGUUGGGCAGUCGAAGUCACGCGGAAAGAAGUUUCGUAGAAGCGUUUGACACCCAGACACUACAUCUGCCUUCUAAAUCGACGGCUGAUGACUACGUGUUUUCCUCCCGAAAAAUCCGUAAGAAACUAGCAUUCGACCAGAGCCACUGCGUAUACUUGUCAAGAUUGCCGCUAUUUGCCCGUUUCCGACCCCCACUAGCUGGGGUGCACGCAUUGACGCGACCUGAAAGAUUUCGUGAAUGUGUCUAUGCAGACUCGGCCCGGUGGUCUCGCCACCAGAAAGAGUUUUCUGCAUCAGGCGGAACUCGUGCACAAGGGUGCUGAAACGACUCGCCAUGGUAUUGUAGCUUGACGCUGUUGACAAGAUUCACUAUUCUCGAUUUCGUAGAGCAAAGACUCCGAACGAGGUUCCUACCAACACGCGGUCUUGGUGCCACAACUUGACACACACACACACACACACACUUUUGGUCACGCGUUUCAGAGGGGCCAUUUCCUUCUGACAAGAAGGCCUCCACUUGACAGAAAGUCGGUUCUCAGAAGGGGGGGUUCGAAUUCACAGCGGUACGCCGAUCGUGCCUCUGGCAACCUAGAUCAGUAAAAGGUACAGCAGAGGCGUUAAGAUGAUUGGUGUAUCGCCUAAAUGAUUGCGUUUUUUGCACGUUCUCUCGAAACUAAAGGUACCGGAGGAACCCCAAACACGGUACCUCCACUUCGUGAGGGCGAGCCUCUGGCAGGUGUACAAACUCCGUCUGGUACGUGUCGCUUAUCCGGGUGCUUGUCUGCUUCCUUUCCU